GGAUGGAUGCUGCGGGAAGGGGCUGCCAUUUGCUGCCCCUGCCAGCGGCGCGCGGACCUGCCCGGGCUCCUGCAGCCGCCGCCGCCGCCGCCGCCAGCGCCGUCCGCGGGCCGGGCCUCUACAGCGACGCCGCCUCGGCUCCCUCCGCGGCCGCCAGAGCGGUCGCCAUGAACCCCAGCUCCUCGGCGGGAGAGGAGAAGGGGGCGACGGGCGGCAGCAGCAGCAGCGGAAGCGGCGCCGGGAGCUGCUGCCUGGGCGCCGAGGGCGGCGCGGACCCGCGGGGCGUAGGAGCAGCGGCUGCGGCGGGGGCCGCUGCCCUAGAAGAGCCCGCGGUCGCCGGCCAGAAGGAGAAGGAUGAGGCGCUGGAGGAGAAGCUGAGGAACUUAACUUUCCGGAAGCAGGUCUCUUACAGGAAAGCAAUCUCCCGGGCAGGCCUCCAGCAUCUGGCUCCUGCACAUCCUCUCAGCCUUCCCGUGGCAAAUGGUCCAGCCAAGGAGCCCAGAGCAACUCUGGACUGGAGUGAGAACGCCGUGAACGGGGAGCACCUCUGGCUGGAGACCAAUGCCUCAGGUGACCUCUGCUACCUGGGAGAAGAGAACUGCCAAGUCCGAUUUGCAAAAUCGGCUCUCAGGAGGAAGUGUGCAGUCUGUAAAAUCGUAGUCCACACCGCCUGCAUCGAACAGCUAGAAAAGAUUAAUUUCAGAUGUAAGCCAACGUUUCGAGAAGGAGGCUCAAGAUCACCAAGAGAAAAUUUUGUGCGUCAUCACUGGGUGCACAGGCGUCGGCAGGAGGGGAAAUGUAAGCAGUGUGGUAAGGGCUUCCAGCAAAAGUUCUCCUUCCACAGUAAAGAGAUCGUGGCCAUCAGCUGUUCCUGGUGCAAGCAGGCGUUUCACAAUAAGGUGACCUGUUUCAUGCUGCAUCACAUUGAGGAACCCUGCUCCCUGGGGGCUCAUGCUGCUGUUAUAGUCCCGCCCACCUGGAUCAUUAAGGUGAAGAAACCUCAGAACUCCCUGAAGGCUUCCAAUCGGAAGAAGAAGAGAACAAGCUUUAAAAGGAAAGCCAGUAAAAGAGGAACUGAACAGGAAAACAAAGGUCGUCCUUUUGUGAUAAAACCCAUCUCUUCUCCUCUCAUGAAACCCUUGCUGGUGUUUGUGAACCCCAAGAGUGGAGGAAACCAGGGAACCAAAGUCCUACAGAUGUUCAUGUGGUAUCUGAAUCCACGGCAAGUUUUUGACCUUUCGCAGGAAGGGCCAAAAGAUGCGCUUGAGCUCUACAGGAAGGUACCUAAUCUGAGAAUUCUGGCCUGCGGUGGGGAUGGAACGGUGGGCUGGAUCCUUUCCAUCCUGGAUGAGCUGCAGCUGAGCCCCCAGCCUCCUGUAGGGGUCCUUCCUCUGGGGACUGGCAAUGACCUGGCUCGAACUCUCAACUGGGGCGGGGGUUACACAGAUGAGCCGGUCUCUAAGAUCCUAUGCCAGGUGGAGGACGGGACCAUUGUACAGCUAGAUCGCUGGAACCUCCAUGUGGAAAGGAACCCAGACUUGCCUCCAGAAGAGCUUGAAGAUGGCGUAUGUAAGCUUCCUCUGAAUGUUUUCAAUAAUUACUUCAGCCUUGGAUUUGAUGCUCAUGUCACACUGGAGUUCCAUGAAUCCAGAGAGGCAAAUCCAGAGAAAUUCAAUAGUCGUUUUCGAAAUAAAAUGUUUUAUGCAGGGGCAGCUUUUUCUGAUUUCCUACAGAGAAGUUCUAGAGAUCUAUCCAAACAUGUUAAAGUUGUCUGUGAUGGAACAGAUCUCACCCCAAAGAUUCAGGAACUGAAGUUCCAGUGUAUAGUAUUUUUAAAUAUACCCAGAUAUUGUGCUGGCACAAUGCCCUGGGGAAACCCGGGAGACCACCAUGACUUUGAGCCUCAGCGUCAUGAUGAUGGCUAUAUUGAAGUCAUUGGAUUCACCAUGGCCUCUUUGGCUGCCCUGCAAGUCGGGGGCCAUGGAGAAAGGCUGCACCAGUGUCGUGAGGUCAUGCUUCUAACGUACAAGUCCAUCCCCAUGCAAGUGGACGGCGAGCCCUGUAGGCUGGCCCCGGCCAUGAUUCGGAUCUCCUUGAGGAAUCAGGCCAACAUGGUUCAGAAGAGCAAGAGGAGAACCUCCAUGCCUUUACUCAAUGAUCCCCAGUCUGUCCCAGAUCGCCUGAGGAUCCGGGUGAACAAAAUCAGUUUACAAGACUAUGAAGGAUUCCACUACGACAAAGAGAAACUUCGGGAAGCUUCCAUUCCUCUGGGUAUUCUAGUUGUGCGUGGAGACUGUGAUCUGGAGACUUGCCGUAUGUACAUAGACCGCCUACAGGAGGACUUGCAGUCAGUUUCUUCUGAUUCCCAGAGAGUUCAUUACCAGGACCAUGAAACCUCCUUCCCCAGGGCACUCUCGGCUCAGAGGCUGUCCCCUCGGUGGUGCUUCCUAGAUGCAACUUCUGCUGACCGCUUUUAUCGAAUAGACAGAUCUCAGGAACAUUUGCACUUCGUGAUGGAGAUUUCCCAAGAUGAGAUUUUUAUUCUCGACCCAGAUAUGGUGGUGUCACAGCAGGCGGGGACACCUCCCGGCAUGCCUGAUCUGGUGGUAGAGCAGGCCUCAGGGCUGUCAGACUGGUGGAAUCCUGCCCUGCGGAAACGCAUGCUGAGUGAUAGUGGGCUGGGGAUGAUAACUCCCCAUUACGAGGACUCAGAUAUGAAAGAUUUCAGCCACUCCCGUGUGCUACAGUCACCAGUCUCUUCUGAAGAUCAUGCAAUUUUGCAGGCAGUAAUAGCUGGUGAUCUUAUGAAGCUAAUAGAAAGCUAUAAAAAUGGAGGCAGUCUGCUAAUUCAGGGACCGGAUCACUGUUCACUGCUUCACUACGCAGCCAAAACCGGCAACGGGGAGAUUGUGAAAUAUAUCCUGGACCAUGGACCUUCUGAACUAUUGGACAUGGCAGACAGUGAAACGGGUGAGACUGCACUGCAUAAGGCUGCCUGCCAGCGGAACCGGGCUGUGUGCCAGCUUCUGGUGGAUGCAGGAGCAUCUCUGAGAAAGACGGACUCCAAGGGUAAGACGCCUCAAGACAGAGCACAGCAGGCUGGGGACCCAGAGUUGGCUGCUUACCUCGAAAGCCGCCAAAACUAUAAAAUCCUUGGCCAUGAGGACCUGGAAACUGCUGUUUGACCCUGGUAGAUGGGCCAAGAGGAUGAGUGAGCAAAUCACCUGUGCCCUGCUGGCAGUUGGGCAGCUCCCCUGGAAGAAGAUGAUGGAAUCCAUGUAUCUGUCUGUCUCCUGCAAGAAUCUAUCUGAGACCAUGCCACCAGUUUUUAAGGGCUACCAAGAUGUACAACAGAACAUGAUAGCCCAGUGAGAAGGAGGCAGGCGACCUGGAGAUUUGUGGAAUGCAAGUUCCACAAAAUUUGAUCCUUAUUGCUUCCAGCAAGUAGCAUGAACUUCUGUGUUCACCUGUAUAAUUUAUUUUACAGAUUCAAAGGAUGUUUGUAUAAAAGGCACUGCUCCCUCCUCCCCCAUGCAUUUUCAUCUUUCCCCCGUCCCACACAAUUCUACUGUAAUUACCAUCAACUUAAAAAAAUAUGAUAUCUCUUCUCUUUCCAUGCAGUCUUUGAAGACCACAAGAUUGUCUGAAGGUCUUUUAAAACCCCUCUGGCUGUUCUGCAGAAAUAUUACUAUAAAACCACUUCCAUUUCCAAGACUAAAGAUACCGAGACUACUUAGUGACUCUUUGCAUGCCCUCCCCUUCCCCCUCCUGUUUCAUCCUAUAGGAGCUGGAAAGUGCCACAUGGAUAACGUCAACUUGUGGGCUAAUCUCUGAGGCCUGGUGAGGUGGCAUGGGAGCUGUCUGUGCUCAGAGGUACCUCAGAGAGGUCACCCAGGGGUCGGCCCAGGCAGCUGGGCUGUUUGCCGAUAGCCAUGCAGGACGGGUUCAGCUUGGGCUGUUUGUACAGCUCCGUACUGCCUAUGUGUAGCCAUCUUUGCCUUUUGCUGCAAUAGAGAUGAGCAAAGGAUUAAACAAAGGCCCAUAGCUAGUUUGCAGAACCACUCAAUUUCAAGUGCUGUUUAAAUUGCAGGGCAGAAAACCGUGUGGGAACUGUGGUCACAGGAAAUGGAGCACUCUAACAGCGUUUAGUUCUAGUCUUUGUUGAGUGAUAAUAGAAAGCAACCUAAUCGACUUGGGGUGGGGGGGGACAGCGAAAGCAGAAGUAGCAACGUAUGUCAAGAUAAUACACUGGAGCAAGAAAACAGUCAUAGGAAUGUUGCACAGAAGCUAAUGACAUAGACUCUUGGAUCCAGUGGUGAGAGGGGGUCCAUUUAAGCUUUUCCUUCUAGGGUUCAUUUUCCUGAUUUCCAGGAAGUCUUGACCCAAGGACAAAGCCUUGUUGAAUGAAUCCCACCCACUUCCAGAUUCCCAGAAUGCCUGGCUCUUUCUGAUGGAUGCUUCAUUUGUUGCUUGUCAGGUUCUGAGCUCAUAGCUGAGAACCCUAUUUCCAAGUAUGGGGUAGUCUAAUAUAUUUCUUUCUCUGCAGGCAGUUCUUGGUGCUGUGGCAAUGUGGGAGUCUAGCCAGAAAUGUCUGGGAG